AUGAAAGCAAGGAGCCUGAAGACUGGAGGGUCAAAGCCAGCGAGCGACACCGGAUAUUCACCGCUUUUACCUUCAAAAUAAAAGCUCUGCACGCCCUGACAAACAGCGGUGUCUGCUCCUCGCGGCUGCCUGGCGGUUGGUCCCUGUCCAGAAGCGGGCGGCUGGCUGGAUGAUGGCGGUGUCGGUGCUGAUGGUGCUGGAGCUGAGCCUGUACGCCUGCUGCUUCGUCUGUGGGAUCGUGGCCGCCGCCUCCCUCACCAUCGUCCAGGGUAACUUCGGCGGUCUGUGCAUGCUGUAUGGACGCGUCAGCUAUAAUGCGACAGGAGACGCCAUCGCAGUCCAGGCUUCCACGUCUGCCUCGCUGUGCUACUUUGUGUCGGCCAUUUCCAUCAUGGUGGCGGUGGUGUGUUUCUCCCUGUCUGUGUACUGGGUGUACGCUUUCUGCAUGGAGGGAGAAAUGAGAAGGGAGCGCAUGUGGCUGAACGUGAUGGUGUUUGUGAGCGGCGUCUUUCUCUUCUUCCUGCUCAUCACCGGCUGCAUGCUGAAGAUCGGCCGCGACUCGCUCUGCGACUCCAUCCUCAAAACCGUCACCGGGGUCAAAAGUUGUGAAGAAGUUCAGAGAAAAAUUUGGGCGAGUCCAAUUCAAGGAACGUGGAUCUACACCAACCUUCACAAAUCAGAGACAGCGGUCUGGGUCAACUUCUUCUUCUGGAUCAUCAUCGGGACGUUGGUGAUCGUCCAGAAGCGCCAGAGUUCGGGGGCGAAGCUCGUCCCCACGCCGGCCGGAUCCCUCUUCGGCGAGCCGGGGGCGACCGCCGCCGAGACGGAGCCGUUCUUCAACCGGCCGCAGUAACACCCGCUGGGAAAACUGGAGACGUUUCUGAUUUUAUACCACAUUCAGGUUUUUCUGUAAUCAGCUGCGUACUUUAGUGAAAGUGAUCACAGUUUGUGCUUUUGGCAUCGUAAUCCAAAGAUUUAGGAAUGUAACUAAAGCCAAUUUAGGUUUAUUUUUUUUUGUAUUUUUUAAGUUGUUCAAUAAAAAACUUUGUUUUUCAGCCAAAAAUUGUGAAACCUUUAAUGCUGCAACUUGUUUUUCAUGGUAUUUACCUUGAAUUUUGUAAAAAAAAUAAAAAAAUAAAUUCAACCACGUUCAGGAACACUGAGAUAACUUAAGACAUUUUUAUUCACCUAAAUCAAGUAUUAAAUAUCAAUAUAACCUCUGAAGCUUCAAAUGUGAAUGUUUGCAUUGAUAUUACUUGAUGUUUUUGUGUUAAAUCUGUAAAAAAAAAAAAGCCCUUAUUUGAGAAUAAAUGUUGCUAAAUGUCUCCCUCUGCUGGCCAAUAGUAAAUACAUUUGUACUGGAAUGAAGCUUGUUGUUUUUAAGAUAAAUUGUUAAAUUGUGAAGUCACGUUUCUUUUAAGUGACUGCUGUAUGCUGCAAACUAAGGAACUAUAUGUAAACUUCUACAUUAGGAGAAAGUGAUAAAGAUUGUUUCAGUUUUCUGGCAUCUAGAAAAUAAUGUGGAUAAUCCUCACUGACCUGAAACAGGAAUGUUUUAAACACACAUGUAUUUAAUAAUUAUGGCGUUAUAGUACAUGUUUUGGUAACCACAUGAAGCUAAUGGGAUUAUAUUGAACCCACCUUGUAUCAGUUCAUACCCACAGAUGUAUCGGACUGUAAUUUGCUUUAAAAGUAUUUUUCUGUAGCUUGGGAACCAAAAUUGGCUCCACAUCCUUGUAAGUCCUGCACUGUCUCCAGCAGUCAGAAAAAUACAUUAUUUUAUCGAGUCUGCAUGAAGAUUUUCUCAGUUUGAACAAACUUAUUUAGAUUAUCCUCAUCCUUUUUGCCUGCAGUUCUGUUUUUAUUGAGGCAGCUGUUGUGAUGUAUCUUUUUACGGCAUAUAUUGAUUAGUGAGCUCCUGAAUAUAAACCAGGCAGAUAAAAAUAGAGCAGGAGGAGAGCUUACACGUGCCUCAGCCUCUCCUUCCCCUAAUGGUUUUAUCUGAGGAUUACCUGACCUCACUUUGAGGCAGACAGUGACGCUCAUGCAGAAAAGCCUCCGGUGGCAGCCAGGACGGACACUUAAAACAUCUGAUCUGCAGCAGCAAAACUCAAACCUUAAGAAAGGAUCUCUGGAGUUAUAUGCUUUUUUUUCUUUCUUAGAUGUACAGGAAGUAAAUCUGUGAAGAAAAUCCAGGGACUAUCAGACACUGGAGAACAGUGACCAGGACGAGGAAGCCGAGUCUCGGGAGAAAACCAGAAGACUGGAGAUCAAUCUGACCCUGGAAUCGAUGUUGUGUCCCCUCGUCUCUGCAGGAGACGUCCAGCACCCAGUGCGACUCGGUGGUGGUGAGCGUGGAGUCGCUCCUGGGCGACGCCAAGCGGAUGCAGCAGCAGUGCCGGGAGCGCAGCGAGCAGCUGUCCAUGGCCGCCACGCAGCUGCGGGUGGAGUCGGCCGCCCUGAGGGAGCAGUGCGAGGCCACCCAGCUGGACAUGGCCCGGAUCCGCCGGCAGCUGGAUGAGCUGCUGGACACCAAAGCGGCCUUUGAGGCCAGGGAGCGGCAGGCCCGAAAACUCAGCAAGCAGCUGUGAAGAGACCAGAGGAGGUUCUGGACGUUUGGACGGCGUCAGAUAGUUCCCAUGAUCCUUUGACAGGGUCCAAAGUUCAACAAUCACAGCACUACUGUUUGUUGUACACUGCAUUUCCAUUGACUGUAUAAUGAGGAAAAACGUUUUGUUGCUAGCAAUUUGUUGGCCGUAUCAAAAUUCACAAAACUGCAACGGAAACAUUUUCAUCUCACAUGAUCAAGAAAACAGAGAGUAGCUGGAGAAUAAAGUUAAUGACUUAUCGCGUGAGCAAACUCAUUCACCUGUGAUUUGAAUUGCAUUUGUUAUUUAAUAUAAACUGCGCCAUUGAGAAAUUACAUUUUUUCAAUAUUAGUAGAAUAUUGGCAACGUUUUCGUGCACAAUUGUAUUGGAAAUGCAGCUGUAGAAAUCCUUCUAUUUACUUUUCUUAGUCAUUAUUAUUAUUCCAACUAAUUUUCCGGUUUUGCAAUGAAAGAACUGUGACAAAAAAUAUCCAAAUUAUUACCCCAGAUUUCUUUGUCGCAUUUCUUUGUGUCAAAUAAACUUCUUACGACUCCGA